UCUGCCCAAAAAGACCAAAACAAACAGAGAAAGUCUAACUGAGAUGGAACCAAAGAGACCUGGGAUUAUCGGAGACGGAUCACUCUCUAACAUGGACUAAUCUGGGAAGCGGCACACGUUUCCUUACAUUUGGAUUUCCUGCCGUGAAGUGGACCAGGAGGGCUGAACAUGCAGGAGUCUCCAGGUGUUGCCGGUGUGGACGGCAGCUACGGCAGCAACGUGCCGGCGUUUCUCACCAAACUGUGGACGCUGGUGGAGGAUCCUGACACCAACCACCUCAUCUGCUGGAGCGCUACAGGAACGAGUUUCCACGUGUUUGACCAGGGCCGCUUUGCCAAAGAGGUUCUGCCGAAAUACUUUAAACACAACAACAUGGCGAGUUUCGUUCGACAGCUCAACAUGUACGGUUUCCGUAAAGUGGUGAACAUCGAGCAAAGCGGCCUGGUGAAGCCUGAAAGAGACGAUACGGAGUUCCAGCACCUCUACUUCCUGCAGGGACACGAGCACAUGCUGGAGCACAUCAAGAGGAAGGUGUCCAUCGUGAAAAGCGAGGAGACUAAAGUCCGGCAGGAGGACCUCAGCAAGCUGCUGUACGAAGUUCAGCUUCUGAGGACGCAGCAGGACAACAUGGAGUGUCAGAUGCAGGACAUGAAGCAGCAGAAUGAGGUUCUGUGGAGAGAAGUGGUUUCACUGAGACAGAACCACACACAGCAACAGAAGGUCAUGAACAAGCUGAUCCGGUUUCUGUUCAGCCAGAUGCAGUCCAGCACACCCAGCGCUGUGGGCCUGAAGAGAAAACUGCCUCUGAUGUUGGAUGACGGCUCUCCCAGCCCUCCUUCACCCAAGUUCAGCCACAGCCAUCCCAUAGAGCCGGUGCAUGAAUCCUACUACAUCCACUCACCAUCCAGCGAUACUGCAUCUUGUUCGACGGAUGGACUGACAGGAGGACCGAUCAUUUCAGAUGUUACUGACAUGACUCAGGCCAGCAUGGCCAUUCAGAUGCAGUCUGCUGACAACAGGCAGAAAAGCAUGAUGCUCAUCAAAGAGGAGCCUGUGAGCCCAGGAGUCCGUGGUGGAGGGAAGGGAGACGCCGCUGACGGAGGAGAGGCGGCGGCCAUGACCUCCACCUGUCAGGUCUGCUCCUCUGAGCCUCCAGUCCUCCCGGUCGCCAUGGUGCAGUCUGUCCUGGAGGGGAGGGGCUCCGUAGCCUCCAUGGUGGAGAGGAGGAACAGGAGACCCGCCCUGGACCGAGCUGAGCUUCCAGAAUCGGUGGAGAACAUAGACAUGAGUCUGGAGGAGCUGCAGCAGCUGCUGCUCAGGAGCCACCAGCAGAGCACCAUGGAAGCUGGAGCCGGCGCCGUAAUGGAUCCUUUCAGUUUAAGCCUUCCUCUGACUGAGUGGAACUUCACAGAGAUGGAAUCCAACCUGAAAUCUUACAUGUUCCAGAAUCAGGAAGCCGAGGCUUUUCCUGCAGCAAGCUGUGAGGAUCAGUGAGUCUGAGCCGCGGACUGUUGCAUUUUAUCUGAACGGCCACAGAAGCUGCUGUUCCGCUCAUUAUUCCACUCCACAGGAGUUUGAACUCACGGCCCUGCCAGGCUGUUUCCACGCUGCUUUAUUUCCAAUCUGUCCACAGAAGGACAUCUGCAAGGAAAGGGACAAUAGGACAAUUUCCUAACUACUUCCUGGUUAGCUGGCUGCCAUGGAUUUGAUGUCCACAUCUGCAGUUAAGGAAACAAAAUAAUGUUGUAAAAAUUCAAUUUGACUCAUUUACAGCCAGAAGGAUGCAUUCUUGGCUUCUGCACUUUAGUCUUUGUGUGAGUUCUAGGUUGUAGAUGUGAAUUUUUUUCUUCCUAUAAAUAAUCUAUAAAAAUGUUUUCUAUUAUUUAACAUGAGAAUCAUGGGGGUUAGUGUAGAAUAUUUCACAAGCAAGUUUUCUUAGUCUGCUUAGAGGCUCCUCAACUCUUCCUCCUAAAGAAGUGUUCACUGCAAAAACACAAAAUCUUACAAAAUAUUUUGUUCUAAUUUCUAGUGCAAAUAUGUUAGUGCUCUUGAAAUAAGACCAAACGAGCUGACAAGUAACUUUUGAGCAAUAUAUAGGCCCUUGUUUUAGUUGAAUAAUGUCUUAAUAUUAGGGGAAAAGUAUUGAGGAGAUUAUUUCACUUGCAACAAGUCUUGUAAAAAGUCUUAUCAGUGAAAAAAUCUGUCAGUGAAGCUAAUAAUUUUCAUUAACAUUAAGGAAUUAUUGACUUUAAACAGCUUCUUAUAUCUUUCUAAAAAUGUUACAAGUC